AUGGAUAACACACCAACCCAGUUUCCAAAUAUUUAUCCAACAACGGGGGACGAUUCCACAGCGACAGAGGUCGCAUGGUGCUGCACUAUCAAAGAACAAAGUAUCUCAUUCGAGGCCUUGGGAAUAUCAUGGGCGGCGCUUCUCCAUGCUUAUACGGGUGAGGAGGAACCUGUUUUCGUGCUGAACCAGCGCACAGUCAGGGCGAACCUCGGUCAAAGGAAUUUUGCUCCGAUCCCGUUGGACCAAACAGGGCAAGCCGAAGGCACUUCAUAUACAGCCAUAACUAUCACCGGGCAAGGUGUAGAUGAUCUCUUGAAAGCAGCCACAGGCCGUACGCUAGGCAAGUGUUCACUAUCUAUUGAUGUCAACCUCACGACAGGCAUUGGUGCUUUGCGAUCACAGGUUGGCAUCUUACCUGGUCAUCUGCAAGAGAUCGGACUGCAAUUCGCAGACUGCCUGAAAAAUUAUACUGGGCUUGUGGUCUCGGAUACGAGCUCUAAUGAGGAAUUGAGGCUAUCUAUCGCCAACCCAGAACCAUAUGAGUUGCCAGGUCCUUCAUUCCUCCAUCAACUGGCUUUUCAUCACGGACAACUAAACUCUCCAGCCUUGGAGUUUCUCAACGUUGAUCAUUCCGUUCAGAAACUAUCGUUCCAUGAAUUGGACAGCCUCUCAACCCAGUUAGCGCAAAGCCUAACCCAAAAAUUUGACUCUUCACGCCCAUCUCCCAUAGGUCGAGUGGUUCCGGUGCUCCUUCCCCAGUCAGUCGAACUGUAUAUUGCAUGGUUGGCUGUUUUGAAAGCUGGUGCAGCAUUUUGUCCGCUGAGCACUGAUGCACCCGAAGACCGCAUUCGCUUUAUCUUAAAAGAUGUCUCAGCAGAUGUGAUAAUCACCCACAGCACAUAUGAAGACAGAGUCGGCAGAGCAGCAGAUACUCCACUUCUCUUGGUAAAUAAAGAUGUUCUGCAACCUCCUCUCUUCUGGCAAGAGCCUAGUCUCUCACCUGAGGAUGUCGCCUAUGUCAUGUACACUUCUGGUUCAACGGGCAGACCGAAAGGCGUGGCUCUAUCGCAUCGAGCGGCUACACAGUCACUACUAGCGCAUGAUACCAUUAUUCCGCCUUUCAGGAGGUUUCUUCAAUUCGCUUCACCAACGUUUGAUGUAUCGGUUUUCGAGGUUUUCUUUCCUUGGUUUAAAGGGGCCACACUCAUUGGAUCAGAGCGAAGCAACAUGCUUUUAGACCUACCUCAGAUUAUUACAGAGAUGCAAGUUGAUGCCGCUGAACUAACACCGACUGUCGCUGGAGAGCUUUUGCGCAGUCGUCAGAGCGUGCCAUCUCUCAAGGUUCUGCUUACGAUAGGUGAAAUGCUAACGAAACGGGUGGUGGAAGAAUUUGGCACCUCGACAAUGCAGGAGGGCAUACUCCAUGGAAUGUAUGGCCCGACUGAGGCGACGAUCCACUGUACAGCUGCACCGAACUUUCACUCAGAAUCGAGAGUCAGCCUCAUUGGCCGCCCUUUAAGGACUGUCUCAGCCUUUGUGGUUUCGUUGGAGGGCUCGCUACAAGGUUCAUUGGAGCCUGUGAUAUUGCCUAUAGGUCAGAUUGGAGAAUUGGUCGUGGGCGGGCCACAACUAGCCAUUGGUUAUAUCAAUCGUCCUACAGAGAACUCCAAGGCUUUCAUACGCAGCAAGAGAUAUGGUCGGCUAUAUCGAACGGGGGACAAAGCACGGUUGCUGCCCAAUGGGGAAAUUGAAUGUUUCGGUCGUGUGUCUACAGGGCAGAUUAAAUUACGAGGCCAGCGCGUGGAGCUUGGAGAAAUUGAAAGUGUUGUUUCUAUGGCUUCAGGAAUACGAAGUGCUGUUGUAGGGGUUGUCAGUGGAAUAUUGCUUGCAUGGAUCAUUACCGAUGAUGGCGCUCUCCAAAUCAAUGAUGUCAAACAAUUUUGCCGAAGCAAACUUCCUGUUUAUAUGGUCCCCAGAGACUUUCUGGCUGUUGAUGAAUUCCCACGUCUUGAAUCUGGAAAGGUAAAUAGGAAGGCUCUGGAAGCCGAGUAUCUCACCCGGCAAAAAGAUACAUUUGCGGAGAUAAGCAGGUCUUUUCGAGAUCCGUUGGAGGAGAAAAUUGCCGGGAUCGUCAAGAGCGUAGUCGGUACGUCAGAUGAUAGCCUUUCGGCUGCAGGGCUAGACUCCUUGAAAGGCAUCAAACUGGCUGCCAAGCUACGAGAGGUUGGAAUCAAUUUGGACGUCGGUACACUUGUUUCUGCCGACUCCGUGAGUGAUAUAUGGGAUCUUGCUCAAAACGUUCGACAAUUACCAGAGCCGAAUUUUCGCGCUAUUGACAACAUAUUGCAACCUGUCGUGGAGGCAGGACUUUCUGUACUCAGAUCAGAGGGGCUGGCGUCUCGAGCCGAGAGCGUGGAAUUAUGUAGCGAUGUUCAAGUGGCUAUGCUUUCGGAAUCACUUCGAGACAGUAAAGCCUAUUGCAACUGGGUUGAGCUGAAGUUUUCAUGUGGCGUUGAGCUGUACGAAAUAAAAGCCGCAUUCAGUAAGCUUAUAGAACACAAUGGCAUGUUGAGAUCGGCGUUCUUGUUACUUGAUGUACCUGAUCAUCCUUUCUGUCAAGUUGUAUGGAAUAGGGAUACUUUGACAGACUACUUUCAAGACACGACAUGUUUUGACUAUGAAUGGGGUAUGAGUAAUGACUCCAACCUUAUGAUCCCAUUUAAGGUCCAAUUGAUCCAGAAUAAGUCAUCGGUUCGAGCUUUGCUACACCUCCAUCAUGCAAUCUAUGAUGGCUGGUCAUGGGAACUCCUGCUUGACGACCUUCAGGCACUCAUUUCUCAGAAGCCCUUGAUCAGCCGAACACCGUACUCCGCAAUAGUGAAGCAUUCCAUGACAACGGCUUCGUCAGAUGCGGCUUCAAGAUCAAGAUCAUACUGGGUGUCUUACCUGCAGAAUGUAACUCCAGCAAACUUUCCAAACUUUCACGGCCGACACGGCGUCUCAAGAGGAAGCAAGAAGGUUACCCGGAUCAUGAAAAUCUCCUCAACGGAUCUCGAAACUCAGGCCCAGGCAUUGUCAAUCAGUCGACAAACGUUCUUUCAAUCAUCGCUUGCAUAUAUUCUUUCAUGCUAUCUCGAUACACAGGACGUGAUCUUCGGUACUGUCUUCUCAGGUAGAACGAUACCAAUUGAAGGGAUUGAAUCAAUAGUCGGACCAUGUCUCCACGUCUUACCGAAUCGGGUCAAUCUCUCAUGGGUCAGGACAGUCGCUGAUCUGCUAUCUGUCAUUCAUAGGGACAAUCGAAAAGCCCUAGAGUACGGAAAUUUGUCACUACGUGAAAUCAAGAAAGCUGCCGCGAUCGAAAGUAGCAGCAGGCUGUUUGACUGUAUAGUUGUUUGGCAGGAAACCCUUGGAGCAUCUUCCAGCUCAUGGACCUUUUUCGAACAAGUCGCAGCUGCAGACUAUCUGGAAUUCCCACUGACCGUUGAACUACAGCCAACGAACGGGCAGAUAAAAGCUGCUGCCAUUUUUGACAAGUCGAUCUUCCCUGAAGCUCAAGUACAUCUUCUACUAGAGCAGAUCGAAGCAAUUACUGAUAUAUUUGUUCGCUCCCCUAAAGCAUUGCUCAGUUCGAUCAAUAUUCAGCUACCUUCUACUGUUUUAUCCAUUGAGAACAGCAACUUUGCACAUCUAGAGAACCUUCCACAUUUGGCAUAUCAUCUUGAGCAGACUGCGAUCAACUAUCCUACCCGAAUUGCCAUUGAGUUUGUUUCUACAUUCGACCCAGAUACUGGCUCUAUAAUUUCGAACGCUCUAUCUUAUAGUGAACUUAAUUCUCAAAGCAAUCGUCUUGCCCGCUAUCUCCUCAGCCGUGGCAUUUCAAAUGGGGACCUUGUUGCUAUAAUAUUGGACAAAUCCAUUGAGCUGUAUAUUGCAAUAUUAGCGGUCAUAAAGAUUGGUGCAGGUUACGUGCCCUUAACGCCAGUGACUCCUAUCGAAAGAAUCCGUGCUAUUCUGGAUGAGACGAAUCCCAAGACAAGUAUUAUUGAUACAAGUCUUCUCGCGGAGCUACAAUCUAUGAAUUGGCUUUCUACUUUGGACUUGAGCAGUGUUGACAUGAAGCAGUAUUCCGGAGAGAAUGUUAUCACAACUCACCACGCCUCUGAUAUUUCAUAUGUAGUCUAUACGUCUGGAAGUACCGGAAAGCCUAAAGGAGUUGUCAUCACUCACCACAACCUCCAGAGCAAUAUUGCGACACUUGCCGAGAUAUAUCCUACCGGUCCAAACUCGAAGGUUCUUCAAGCGUGCUCACAAGCUUUUGACGUAUCGGUUUUCGAAAUUUUCUUCGCAUGGAAUACUGGGAUGACCCUCUGCUCAGCAAUAAAUGAUAUAAUGUUCCGUGACAUUGAAGCCGUCAUCAGAAAUAUGCACAUUACACAUCUGAGUCUCACCCCGACUGUAGCCGCCUUGAUCCGCCAAGAAAAUGUACCAGAAGUUAGAUUUCUAGUCACAGCUGGUGAAGGGUUGACGGCAAAAGUUCACCGCGAAUGGGCAGACAAAGGGUUGUACCAAGGCUACGGUCCAUGCGAGACUACCAAUAUCUGUACUGUCAAACCCAAAGUCACCCAGCUUGAUGACUUGAGAAACAUAGGCAAGCCAUUCAAAAAUACCUCUGCUUUCGUCAUCUCUGAUAGUCCUGUCUUUACCCUUCUACCCAAAGGAAGUGUUGGUGAAUUUUGUUUUGGUGGCGACCAAGUCGGUCGGGAAUAUAUCAAGCAAGCUAGUUUGACAAAAGAAAGGUUCAUCGAGCAUCCAAAGUUCGGCCGUUUGUAUCGAUCCGGAGACUUUGGACGACUAUUGGCGGACGGGUCAUUGAUGUUUACGGGCCGUCGAGAUGACCAAGUCAAACUGCGUGGCCAGCGGAUUGAGUUGGGCGAGAUCAAUAGCACGAUCUUGCGUAACACCCUGGUUCAAGACUGUACCUCAAUGAUAGUUGGCGACAAGGAUCGAGGUCAACAGCAACAGCUUAUAUCCUUUUUCGUUGCACGGCGCCUUAGUUCAGGUGAAGGUGAGGGUGAUGAUCAGCAAGCCGGUUUGAUAGAUGCUAUUUUUAAAGACUUGUCCGCUAAUUUACCACCUUACAUGAUUCCUUCGGCCCUGAUUCCUUUGGACGUGAUCCCAAUGACAACCGUGAAAAAGAUCAAUGUCAGAAAACUCACGGAAAUGUUUAGUACAUUGACUCCGAACAAUCUUCAAAGCUACUCGCGUGAGCAAGGGUUAUCCGCUACGAACGUUCUAAGUCCUACUGAGCAGGAAAUUGCCCAAAUCAUCUCUGAAGCAACUCAUACACCCUUGGAACAGAUCAGAGUCAACACCUCCUUGUUUAGUAUUGGCCUUGACUCAAUAUCCGCCAUAUACGUGGCAAAGAAGCUUAGAAAUUCAGGAUAUGGUCAGGUUGAUGUCUCGCUAAUAUUACGCCAUAGUUCAGUUGGACAGCUUUCGAGAAUGGUUGCAAAAACAACAGAUUAUCAGAGCCUCUCAAAAUCAUCGAACUCCAUUGCAGAAAGUAAUGGCAUAGAUGGGUUGGACGUCAAGGCGAUUCAAGAGAUCAAAGAUGACUUUGAAGGUGCCGGCCAUAGAGUUCAAUUGGUCAUCCCAUGUACUGCUCUACAGGAAGCAAUGCUAUCCCGAACAGUUUCUCAUGGCAAGAAUGCUUAUUGGAAUCAUAUAUUGUUUGAUUUCUAUGGAGAAGUCGAGAAGCUUCGUGAGGUCUGGCAACAAAUGGUAACAAGGCAUGAUAUACUACGCACAUGUUUUGUUGCUACUAAGGAUGCAAGGUUCUCAUUCGCGCAAGUCAUAAUCGAGGACAUCUCGCUACCCUUCUCAGAACUGAAGACAACAAGUGUGAAUCUCGAAAUAAGCAAGCAGAAGUCGAAUCUUGCACAACAAAAUGACGAGAAGCACAAGGUUCCAUAUGCUCUGACGCUUAUAACUGACGUUGAAACGGGACAAAAAAUGCUACUCUUUUCUCUUCACCAUGCAAUACAUGAUGGUGAAGCAAUGUCUCUGCUCUUCAAGGAAAUGGAGAAUGCUUAUGAGGGAAAACCGUUAUCACCUACCAUCCAAUUCCACGAGUUUGUCGAUUACAUCACAGUAUACCGAGGUCUCGACGAGUCAUUUUGGUCCAGCUACUUAAGCGGCAUGGCUUCUUCACAUCUAUGCGGCCAGGGAGCACUACCCAACAGCGAUGAGGUGUCCCAGAUACGGACAACUAGACAAGUACUUGAAAUUUCUCUCACAGAUUUCGAGACAGGAUGCAAUAGUUUAUCUGCAACACCGUUGAGUGUGUUUCAAGCCUCGUGGGCACAACUUUUAUCAGCUUACCUACAAUCUCCCAACGUAUGUUUUGGUACUGUUUUUAGUGGCAGAACAGCACUCUUAGAUGGUGUGGAAACCAUCAUCGGACCAUGCUUCAACGUGCUUCCUAUACGUGUCAAAGUGCCCCCGAAAGCACUAAACACCGAUGUCAUCAAGGCCGCACAGGAAGCCAAUGCGGAUAUACUGGCGCACCAGCAUACAUCUUUAAGACAAAUACAGAAGAAGUUUUCUAAAUAUGGGCGAUCUCUUUUUGACUCUAUUGUCUUGUUUCAGCGUCCUGCUGCUGAACUAGACUCUCGGCUAUGGGAAGUGGUGUCAGAAGAAGGUGAAAUGGAUUUUCCGGUCAUCCUUGAGAUUGUGCCAUCUACAUCGCUUGACACCAUUUCCAUUCUCCUUCACACUGAUACUGCCCAGGUAUCACAUGAAGAUGCUCAAGUAAUCAUGAAAGACUUCAUUGAUACGGUGAUCCAUACGAUUGAUUACCCGCUUGCCAGAACUUCUGAGGGUACAGGAAACCAUGGACUGCCGUCAAUUGCGCUGAUGGCUAGGGAGAAUUUGGUCAACGAUUCGAUUCACACGCAAGCUUCAUCAACUCUAACGAAGGGUUACGUGGAACUCACUGAUAAGGAGAAUCUAGUCAGAGAGGUCAUGUCUGAAUUAUCAAGAUACGAGCCACAGACUAUUAGACAUGAUACAACCAUAUUUCAGCUGGGACUUGACAGUAUAAAUGCCGUACAGAUUUCGAGGAUGUUGAAAGACAAGGGUUAUGCAGUAUCAGCUGCAGAUAUUCUCGAGAAUCCGGGUAUGAGUCAGAUUGCAAAGCUACUCACGGAACCUACGAGCGAAGCAUUACUUAAAACUUUCGAAUUUGAUUCUUUCCAAUCAGAGCACAAAGAUUAUGUUUUGAACAGUUUGGAUCUCGAAGACACGGACGUUGAAUCAAUACGACCGUGUAGCCCUGCACAGUUGGGUAUGCUGGCUGACUUUAUCAAAUCGAACGGUGACCUUUACUGCAACCGCCUGGUACUUAGAGUCAAGGAGGAUGUAGAAAUUCAUCUAUUGCAAGAUGCGUGGUCAAAGGCCAUGGCUCGUCAUGAAAUGCUGCGAACUGGAUUUGUCCGUCUUAACGACCCGAAAUCUCCAUUUGCGAUGGUAACAUAUACCGCGAAAUAUGCAAACCUUCCGUGGGUUGAAGGCAGUACUACGCCAUCGAAAGAGGAUAAGCAUAAACUACGAAGGUCACUUUUUGAGAAGCUGCAUCUGCCACAAUGGCAGGUCACUCUGCGUCAUUCACCAGCGAAUAUCGAUUUUGAGUUCACGGCUAUGCAUGCUAUCUAUGAUGCCCAAUCCCUAGAUUUAAUACUCACUGAUGUUGCCCAUCUAUACAAGGGGUCCCAACUCUCGCCGCCGUUAUCUAUCAAUCCAAUUUUGGGACAUAUACUCACAGCGGCAUCGUCAAUCAGCUCCGAAGCAGAAUCAUUCUGGAGCACAGUCGGCUCGGAGUAUCAAGUCACCAGAUUUCCAAACUUGACUCCUUUCAAUGUUCGAAAUCGUGACCUGACCGUGAGCAGUCAAGUGGCAUCAAAGUCACUUACGGCAAUCAGCGAAAAAUGCAAAGCCCUCGGUGUGUCUUUACAGGCAGCAGGGCAAGCGGCAUAUUCCAGACUGUUGGCGAAUUAUACUGGCGAGACCAACGUCUCGUUUGGAGUUGUUCUUUCUGGUCGUGAUAUACAAAACAAUGCUGAAGGGGCAGUAUUCCCAAACGAUGUUAUCCCACCACCACAGGCUAGUCUUAUCCUCAGACAAUUGGACCGUCUCCUUUUGGAUAGUCUUUUCUCCGAAGACUCGGACUGUACAAUGAUACCUGAGGUACAAUCUGAAUUACUCUCAGUUACGCCUGCUAAAGAGCCGUUUAUCCCCUCUCCAGUUUCCCUAUUGCACGAAUUUGUCGAGAAAACCGCGUUAGAGACACCACGCAAGCUCGCCCUUGAGUUUGCUUCGGGUGUUACUUCACAUGAGAUCACAAAGCAGUCAUGGACAUAUCUCGAACUCAACCAAAUGGGUAACAAGGUUGCAAGACUCUUGCGAUCGGGUCACUCUAGGGAAGGCAGUCUCAUUGGGAUAUGUUUCGAUAAAUGCCCCGAGGCUUACUUCUCUAUCCUUGGGAUUCUGAAAAGUGGUCAUGCAUAUGUAGCCCUCGAUCCCACCGCGCCGCUUGCCAGGAAGCAAUUCAUUAUUGACGACUCCGGUGCCAAAACCGUAUUAUGUGCUUCAGACAGGUACGAUGAAUUACGACGAUUAACCGGAGCUGAAGUGAUUGCGAUGGACACUUCCGGUCUAUUAGACAGCAUCUCAUCAGAGUCUCCAAUUCUAUCCAGAGCAAUCGACCCUCAGGAUACAUGUUAUUGCUUGUAUACAUCAGGAACAACCGGAACGCCUAAAGGCUGUGAAAUAACACACGAGAACGCGAUACAAGCGAUGCAAGCCUUUACAAGAUUAUUCAGUCCGAACUGGAAUGAUGAUUCGAAAUGGCUACAAUUUGCAUCUUUUCAUUUUGACGUUAGUGUCCUUGAGCAAUACUGGAGCUGGAGUGUGGGAAUAUGCGUCGUAUCUUGCCCUCGUGAUGUCUUGUUCCAGGAUUUGCCCGAUACUAUCAACCGUCUUCAAAUCACCCAUAUAGACCUGACACCAAGCCUUGCUAAGCUGGUCACACCCGAAGAAGUUCCAUCACUCUGCAAAGGAGUUUUUAUUACAGGUGGAGAAGCCCUCAAACAGGAGAUCCUCGAUGCAUGGGGAAAACAUAGGGUUAUUUACAACGGCUAUGGGCCGACCGAGGUCACCAUUGGCUGUACCAUGCUUCCAAGGAUGGACGAAAGUAGCAAAUCAUCUAAUAUUGGACCUCAAUUUGAUAAUGUGGGCUCAUACGUCUUUCAGCCAGGCACAACUAUUCCCGUCUUGCGGGGAUGUAUGGGUGAAUUGUGUGUAUCUGGAGCUUUGGUAGGUCGAGGCUACCUCAACCGCCCAGAGCUGACCCAGGAAAGAUUCCAAUAUCUGGAUGCCUCCCAACGAGAACGGUUCUAUCGUACAGGAGAUCUCGUCAGGAUAUUGCAUGAUGGCAGUUUUCAAUUCAAUGGCCGAAUUGAUGAUCAAGUUAAACUUCGAGGACAACGGCUUGAGCUUGGAGAAAUCAACUCCGUGAUUCAGGAAGCUUCUGAUGACGUAUCAGAGGUGACAACUCUUGUCACAAAACAUCCAAGCCAGCAGAAGGAGCAACUUGUAGCAUUUGUCUCGAGGAAAGGGGUUCGGAAUAGUUCAGCCAAUUUACUAGAGAUUAUCCGAGACGAAUACGUCAGGGAGUUUCUCACGUGUAUCAAGAAGGCAGCUCAAAAUAGGCUUCCUGGAUAUAUGGUACCAACUCAUAUCAUUCCUGUUCUAUUCUUGCCUUUAACCCCGAACAACAAAGUCGAUGCAAAGGCCCUAAAGACUUUGUUCGCGGAACUGUCUUCGGAACAGCUACAGAGCUUGAGUUCACUGACCAGCGAAAAGAAAUCGAUGGCUGAAAAGGAGAUUCAAGAUGUGAUACGGGUUCUUGCUGAGUAUGCUAGAACUGAGCCAGCUGAAUUUUCGCCCAAUACAAGCAUAUAUGAUGUUGGCCUUGAUUCAAUUUCAGUCAUUGGACUUGCUCAAUAUUUCAGAGAUGCUGGGUAUCAGAAUGCGCAAGUUUCGCUAAUCAUGAGGAGCCCCACGGUUGCAGGAAUUGCAACUUCCUUGCAAAAGGACGUGUCCAAGACGUCGGCAGUGAAUGGCGAAAUCGAAGACUGUAAACAAAAACUCAAAGCUUUCGUUUAUGAAAAUACUGUCACUGCAGCAGAAAGAAUUGGCAAGCGCCCUGAAGACGUCGAGGCCAUUGCACCCUGCACGCCACUGCAAGAGGGAAUGAUAGCGCGGUUCCUGGAGAGCUCGCGAAAUCUCUACUGUUCUUCGUUCCGAUUCGAACUGAAGCCAGAAACUGAUAUUGACAAGAUGCGGCAAGCAUGGUUUGAAACUCAGGCGAGCGUUCAAUUGCUUCGACUUCGCCUGGCUGCGCUAGCAGAUGGAUAUACUCAAAUCGUGUUGAAGCAUGACCAGCUACCAUGGAUCGAGGCGACUGCCGCAAAUGAGCAAGAACUUGAAGCUAUUGCUGAUCAUGAGUGGCAAGCAUGGUGCAAUAGCCUGAACCAUCUUACCAAUUCUCUAUGGCGCUUGGUCAUUGUCAGGUCGUCCAGCCGCAGCUUGCUGAAUAUAAACAUAUUCCACGCCUUGUACGAUGGAAACAGUCUCCCGCUAUUAUUGGAACAGGUUUCUUUAAGAUAUCAUGGACAAACAGUCCCAAAACAAGGACCGUCUUUCAUAGAAAUUCUGCCCUACGGUCCAUUACGAGUGUCCUUGAAGGCAAGAGAAUUUUGGAAGGGACAGUUGGUCAAUGUUCCAGAAGAUCGAGUGUUCCCAGUGGUCGCAGAUACUGCAUCUGAAACGAUUUCAUUGACUCAUGAUUUCCAUGUUUCUGGUCUCGAAGAGAUAAAAGGUGCUCUACAAGUCACCGAGAAUGCUAUUUUCCAUGCGUGCUGGCUUCUUACGCUACACGAACACUUUUCGAGAACUCCGUCUUUAGGAAUCGUGGUUUCCGGCAGGGCACUCGAUUUUCCUGGUAUAGAGUCCGUCGUUGGUCCACUUUUCAACACUAUACCCAGUUACAUACCUUUCCAUCAUCUGAAGACAAAAGCCGACUUGAUAAAAUCAUGCCACCACUAUCAUGUCUCAGUACUUCCUUUUCAGCACACCCCUCUUCGGGAUAUCAACAGAUGGGCAAGACGAGGAACAGUUAAUCCUUUGUUUGAGAUAUUGUUUGUGUUCCAAAAGGAGUAUGGUAAUUCGUCUCUGGCUUUAUCAGAAGAUAUUUGGACGGAAGUCGAUUCAGGGGUUGCAAAUGCUGAUUUCCCUCUAUCUUUGGAAGUCAGGCAGAAUAAUGGUUCUGUAACUGCGACCUUGGCAUCGCAAAGCCACGCAGUAUCGGAAGAUACGGUAAAAGCACUCGUGGCUACUUUCCAGCUUAUAUGCAAGGAUAUCCGGAAUAAUUACUUGUCUGCUGUUCCUGAGACAGAUAUCCCUUCGAGCCAAAUCAAUUCAGCCCAAGGAAUCUCUCUGCAAGACAAAGGUAAAGAUUCCAAUGCCACCAUUGCAGAGUUUGACUGGAACCCAGCAUCCAUUGAGGUUCGUAACGUUGUUGCAGAUCUUGCAGGAGUAGGUGUCGCCACAAUCAAUUCAGCGACGUCUAUCUUCGAAUUAGGUCUGGAUAGCAUUGAUGCUAUAAAGCUGUCCUCGCGGCUAAAAAGCCGCGGAUUUGAUAUCUCCGUCAGCUCAAUAAUGAAAUUGCAAACUAUUUCUAAGAUGCUGGAGACCCUUUCCACACUAUCAAUAUCUUCGAGAGUUAAACCGCAGGUUUCUCUUUCUCGAAUCCAAGAAGAGAUUACGAUCAGUCUGGAAAAGGCCGGAAGAUUACCAGCAGAUGCAGUCAAGGUCUUGCCUUUGACAGCACUUCAAGAAUCAAUGGUUGCCGAGAUGAUCGCGUCGGAGUAUCAGCGUUAUUACGGCGUUGAGGUUUUCGAGGUUAUGGAAGGAACAGACUUUUCGAAACUUCUUGCUUCUUGGAAAGCCGUGAUAAAUGCUCAUGAUUUACUACGCACAACAUUCAUUGAGAUCGAGGAUCCCCAGGUCUCCAGCUCAUAUGCCCAAGUCGUGCACGCACUGAAUGAGCAGAAAGCAAUUCCUUUCGUUGAUUUGGAAGAGCGUUCGAUAGAUCAUUUCGUCCAGUCGACAAUCUACAAUAGUACUCGUUCCGAGCUUGAAAUUUAUGGAGUCCGAAAAAGCGACAAGUGCUACAUUGUUCUCGCUAUGGCGCAUGCGCUUUACGAUGGCUGGUCGCUUGACCUUUUGCAUUCUGAUGUUGAGCGAUCAUACUACGGAGAGGAUGUGGUUCGUCCAUCAUACGAACCAGUCUUGGAAUCAAUACUCAACGAAGCAGGAAAUAAAAGUAAACAAUUCUGGUAUGCAACACUAAAAGAAUUCAAACCACGAAAAUUCCCAGGUGGUAAAUACCCUGGCGGCAACCAAUCCACACUGCAUCGAACUGAAGCAUCUUUUGAUGUACCUAGCGAGGAUAUAAAGAAAUUCUGCCGGGACCAUGGCGUCACAGUGCAAGCAUUAAGCGUCACGACUUGGACUGUCGCUCUCGCAAGCUUUGUCGAGGCCCUUGAUGUAGGCUUUGGACUUGUUCUUUCCGGUCGAAGCCAUACAGAUGCCGAUGAGGUCAUGUUUCCUACAAUGAACACCGUCGUCUUCCGGUCUAUACUUCAUGGUACUCGAUUGGAAAUGCUGAAGUAUAUACAGAGCUCUCUAAAUGCGCUAAUCGAGCAUCAGCAUUACCCACUUCGCAGAGCUAGUGGUGAAAUUACAGCUGGUAGUUUGUUUGACACUCUUUUCAUCUAUCAGAAACGGCCCUCAUCGCCGUCGUUGAGGAGGCCCCUGUAUCAGUCUAUCAGUGGAACAGCCGACACGGGAUACCCACUAUCAGUAGAAAUGGAGCUCAUGAGCGAGUCCAUGGUUUGCCGUCUUGCAGCUCGGGACGACCUAUUCGGCACGAAGGAUGCAGCUAAUAUUCUUGAUCGUGUAGCUCAAGUUUUUCAGUGGAUAAUAGCUGAGCCACAGCAUGCGACAGUUGAGUUUGCCGAUGCUGGAAUGAGUAUUUGCGGAGGGGCUUUCUUCACGGACAAUCGAAAUGAACCUGGGAUAGCUUCAGAACAUAGAGAGACCUUUGCAAACCAGGAUGAAUCACAACCAUGGUCUGAAAACGAGUUGAAAAUCAGACAAGUUCUUUCGACUGUGUCAGGCGUACCUCAAGAUAAUAUCAGCAAGGACAGCACACUAUUCCAUUUAGGUCUUGACAGCAUCAGUGCAAUUAAAGUGUGCUCAUUGUUGAGAAAGCAGUCCGUCAACUUGCCAGUCAGCGCAAUGCUCAAAGCCGGAUCCAUUGCAGGCAUGGCGGUAGUCGCAGUGUCGGAAAACCAAAGCUCCCAGCAAGAUAUAUCCAGCGGAGAUACAAAGGCUACUUUGGAACAAUUAUUGGGUGAUUUUGAGAUCGAGAAGCUUUUAUCAUUGAACAAAAUCUCUGCAGAUGACAUUGAGCGUACGCUACCGGUUACUGCGGGACAAAUGUAUUGUCUUGCAAGAAACGCACAGAACUCGCGACAAUUCUACGCCAGCUUUUAUUACGAGAUUAAAAGAGUCUCGAAACCUCAAUUAAGCCGAGCAUGGGAGCUUCUGAUCAAACGGCUCCCUCUUUUGCGCACUACAUUCAUUGACACUGGUAUCAGAGAAAGGCCUUGGGCGCAGAUUGUUUGGAAGCACAUAGGGAACCCAGUUCAGUGGCACGAAACAAAACAAGACCCUAAUUUCCGGAAUCCACCUUCCCGGUCUAUCACUACAGGCCCUGUCUCUUUGCACGCGGCAGAAAGUGGGCAAGGAGUGGUAAUCAACCUGCAUAUCCACCAUGCGCUUUAUGAUGCAGCCAGUUUGCCCUUGUUGCUUGACUAUCUUGAAAGAUUAUGCAGCGAGGUGGAAACACAAGUGAAUAGUGGUGCGGACUUUGCCAAGUUCAUAGCAUACCAAAAUAUAUCUUCGCCUUUGGAAGUGCGGGAGGACUUCUGGAAGGGAUACCUUGCUUCGACUCGACAACGGCUCUUGCCGAGGGUUGAUCAAGGUUCGUUUAGAGUCAAUAGAGUUGAAGCCUACCGGCCAGGCCUGAUUGAGAACGUUGAGGCCAUAGAAAGCGCUGCACGGCAACAUGGCCUUAGCCUUCAGUCUUUGUUCAUGGCAGUAUAUGCAAAGGUACAUUCUGAAUUGCUGUUAGAAGCAUUAAGAAAAGACGACGCAGAAGGCGAUGAGGAUACAAAGGCAAACGAUUCCGUCAUUGGGGUCUACUUGGCAAAUAGAGGAUUCCCUCUUGAGGGACUACAAGAAAUGAUCUCGCCCACUCUAAACAUGGUACCACUACGCAUUGCUAAUUCCAGGUCAUCACCGUCCUCUUCACGUUUGAUCGAAAGCGCUCACCAAAUCCAAAGAGACCUCCAUGAGAUUAGCGGUGUGGAACACUCGGGAGCAUCACUACUCGAGAUCAGCGACUGGACCGGUGUCCGUGUCGACACAUUCGUCAACUUCUUGCGACUCCCAGAUUCGGUAAAUAAUGAGGACAACACAAAUGCAAUUACCGCAACAUCUAGCAAUAUCCGGUUCACCCCCUUACAACUUCGUGAUAUCGCACAUGGCGACCAUCCAGCACCAUUUGAAAAUACACGUGGAGAUCAUGAGCCAGACGGAUCUGGUCAGGUCAAGGCCAAAGACGAAAAGGAGGCAAUUUACAUGGAUUGCAUAGAUAUCGAAGCCGCCGUUCGGGGUGGAAAACUUGAUGUUGGCGUUUUUGGCCCCGAGACACUUGUCAGUCAGCUGAAGGCCGAGGAGAUUUUGGGUAGUGUACGAAGAGAGUUGGAAGAGUUGUCGUUAUAG